CAAGAAAACCCUGACGGAGGCGCUCGGAGAGAACGUGAAGCAAUAUUGGGCAAACUUGAAAUUGUGGUUCAAGCAGAAGAUAAGUAAAGAGGAGUUUGAUUUGGAAGCCAGGAGGCUUCUUACUCAAGAUAAUGACUGAAGUAAAAUAAAUACUUUAGGAAAGGAGAGGAGAAGAUGGUGGUGCGACGCAGCUCCCAGUGGACACUCCGGUGGUGAUGUCUGUUAUUUGUCAAGUAAGGUGCCGUGCACAAUCCUGAUUUGAUGGAGACAGACGUGAGAGCAUGGAGGAACAUCUGGUGAAACUUCUGAAAUGCCUGCUUCGCUGCUGCUGCUGCUGUGUGGUCCAGAAUCUCCGGAGGGGAAGGCCCCGAAUCCUUGGCUUUGCUUGUUGCUCGGCGGCCAGGGCAGGGUCGAAGCGCUCGGCUGAGGAUGGUGCUCGGUGUUGAAGGGCUGGUCGAAGGCUCGAAGUUUUCAGAUGGACUUGGAGUCCGCUGCGGUUGGGUGCUUCCAGUGGUGCUGCAUCGGCAGGUUUGCGGCGCUUGGAGGUUCAUGGCAGGGGGAGCUUCUCUCUUCUACCGUCUGCGUGAGAUGAUGAGGGACUUUGAGACUUUUUUUUACCGUGCCCAUGGCCUACUCUUUAUCAAAUUACGGGAUUGCUUUGCACUGUUGUAACUGUAUGUUAUAAUUAUGUGGCUUUGUCAGUUUUAACCCUGGUUUGUCCUGUGUUUCUUGUAAUUUCAUUCUGGAGGAACAUUGUAUCAUUUUUUAAUGCAUGCAUUUCUAAAUGAGAAUAAACGAGGACUGAGUGUCCUCAUAAUCUAAAUAGUCAAGUUCCGAGGAGUCAAUAUUGAGACAAGUCUUCUAGAGCAAAAUCAGUUUCCGAGGCUUCUGGAUAGAGUGAGUGAAUAGGAUUAACAUAAUUUUUCUAUUAACAGUGAAUUAGGGGCGUCACGUGAUGACGUGGGAUUGAGACGUGUAAAUCCAGCUCUCCCGCAACAAGUCAGGAAAGCACCGUUUAAAUAAAACGAAGUUAGUAAAUAUUUUCUGAAAACUAUUUAUAAACUUUGUAAGAUUACUUUACGAUAUGCCUCCUAAAUCGCAACGAAAGAAGUCUGCUGUUGCGAAGCAGCUGCGAGACGGGAAGAAAAAAGGGCCUACUGCAACGAUGGAGCCUCGGACUCAGGUUGGAUCUCCUUCGGUAGAACAGGGAGCAACGGUGGUGGCAAUGGCUUCUUCGAAGAAGACACCGGUAAUGCGCAUGCGCAAACCGACACAAUCCAAACUACAAGAACCGACAGCCACUGCAAUUGAAAAUGACUCAGAGUCAGAAUCGGAUUCUGCAGAGAACAUAGAUGAAGAAGAGGAGGAAGAACUGGAAGCGAUUGGAAGUAAAGGAGAUGAUAGUGAUAUGAGAGAAGCUAUAUUGCAAUUAACGGAUGAAUUAAGAAAAGUAAGAGAAGAACUUAGAGAUACGAAGAUGUGCUAUGAUAAAGUUAUGGCAAGACAGGACAAAAUGGAUAAGAAGCUUCAGAAGAUGGAAAGAGCAAUGGGGCAUAUGAAUGAUAGAGUGGAAAAAACAGAAAAUGAUUUGCUUGUCUGGAAUUCGGAAAGAAACCGACUCUUGGAGAAAGUGGACAUGUUGGAAAAUUUUAGUAGACGUAAUAAUAUUAAAAUUGUUGGUCUUGAAGAAGGUAGGGAGGGAGAUAAACCAAUAGAAUUUUUUCAAAGAUGGAUCCCGGAUGUUUUGCAAAUGGAAGAGGGGGUUCGAUCAAUUGAAAUUGAGCGGGCACAUAGAGCUUUAAGACCAAAACCAAAAGAUGACCAAUAUCCACGAUCGAUUUUAAUAAAAUUCUUAAGAUUUCAAGACAAGGAAAGGAUUCUACAGGCAGCUGCUCGAGUUGCCAAAGAUAGAAAAGGGCCAUUGAUAAUUGAAGGGAACAAAGUUUUUUUCUAUCCUGAUAUAAGUUACGAACUUUUGAAGAGAAGGAAGAAAUUUAAUCCAGUGAAAAAAACCCUAUGGGAGCAUGGUUAUCAAUUUACACUGCGUUAUCCUGCAACUUUGAAGAUUUUUUUGUCUGGUGGAGAAAAAAGAUUUUUUGAUGAUUAUCAGAAAGCAGAGCAGUUUGUGCGAGAUUCUCUGAAAACUCACCAGACCCAAGAACAAACCCAAGAGAGCGAGAUAGAUUGAAGAUGAAGAUUGGGUUAAAGAAUGGACUUGAUGGAUUUUUGAAGCUGGAUGAAUGUAUAAAUAUAUUAUUAAUUAUACGAAGCGGGGUAAGAAAGGUUAAAACUGGAGGA